ACUAGAGAGCAGGAGAGGAAUGGGCGGGAGGGUUUUUCCUGUUCUCUGUAUUUCUUUGUGAAAACACUUUAUUCCCACCUCUCCUCUCCUAAUGGAGGGUCAAGCUGGACCGGUCGCCGCCGCCGAUGUCGCGGUCUCUUCGUCUCCGCCGCCGCAUGAUCUUGACUCCACAACCGUUGAAUCGUCGAAUAUGGAUGUCGCGGAUGUUCAUCCUCCGCCGUAUGAUGACGAUCAGGAGCAUGGUCAUGAUAAUGAUCAUGGUGGCGAUGGAGACCAGUCUACUGCGACUGGUGAUCCAACCGAUGAUCUCAAGCGUAAGAUUAUCAAGCAGGUGGAAUAUUAUUUUAGUGACGAGAAUUUGCCAACUGACAAAUACCUAUUGAGUUUGAUUAAGAAGAAUAAAGAAGGUUUUGUUCCAAUCUCAGUUAUAGCUUCAUUCCGGAAAAUGAAAAAGCUCUCUCGAGAUUAUCUAUUGAUUACUGCUGCACUCAGGGAGUCUUCCCUCCUUGUUGUAAGUUCAGAUGCGAAGAAGGUGAAACGCAUUCAUCCUCUUCCCUUUAAUGAGGCCAGGGAUCCUAAGUUUUGCACUGUCUUGGUAGAGAAUCUCCCAGAGGAUCAUUCCGUGGAAAACAUUCGGAGAAUUUUUUGUGCAGUGGGAAAUAUAAAGAAUAUAAGCAUUCGUGACUCAAAUGUUUCAGAAGACCAAAAAAAGAUGGUUAGUCACAAGCUACAUGCACUCGUGGAGUAUGAAGCCUUAGAGGCUGCCGAGAAAGCUGUGACUACUCUGAAUAAUAAGGAUGACUGGAGGAACGGUAUGCGGGUCAAGCUUUACAAGAUGGUGGGAAAAAAUGCCCAUAGAAGACAAGCUUGGAAGGAAUCUGACUCUGAGAAAAAUGGCACUGCUCAUGCUACUAAACAAACAGUAGAUGAGGAGACUCGGAACUUGAGUGAGCAUCACGAUGAUUCACCUGAUGAAGAGGGAAAGGUUAUCUGCAGCUACAUCAUUUCUAUUUCAUUUCAGGAUGGGGAACAAUUACCCAAGGAGAAAAAUGGACAGAAAGGUCGAUAUCAAGGACGAUCUAGGAGGAACAAAUAUCAUGUCACCAAUGGGGCAGGCCAUGGAACUACACAUUCCAGUCAUGUUGAAGCCUCAAAGCGACCUCCUGGCCCAAGAAUGCCUGAUGGAACCAGGGGAUUCCCGUUGGGGAGGGGCCGACCAAUUGUAUCAAAUGAAAGUUAGCAGCAAUGCAGUACUCGUUUUUUUUACUUUCACUAAUGUGGGAGUUAAAAAGUGGUUACCGUAUUUAUGCCUGCUACUGAAUCAUCAGAAGGUGGUUUUAUUUAUAUUUUGAGAUGCUGUUGGUUUGCAUUGCUCCAGUCCAGUCCAGUGUUCAAUGUGCAAGUGCAACAGGGCUCGUGGUCUUGGUUUGCAUGUUACUUGCUAAUUUGGAAAGUGCGUCAUAUACCAAACUUCAGUUUGUAUGGUUCUCGAAUGUCAUAAAGGUCCUGGAGGGUUUAAGUUUCUUUUAGUUGUUUGUUUUCCCUCCCUGUGUAUCGGAAUCCUUUUAACCGAUCGAAUUGUUGGGUCUGUUAUCCUUCUUUGUAAAAUGGGGGUAAUGUGAAACGAAACCUCCCUUGGCCUUCUGCGUGAGAUGAUAAGAUUAAGUGCGUCAACAUAA